GUGGGCUGUCCGGUGGUUGGUUUCAGAGCAAAGCUAUUACUUACACAGCGCGUUAUAUUGCUCUUUCUAGCAUAGAGACAGGAUCGACUCGUAUUAACAUUGUACAGAAUCUCAAGACCCUCUUCAAACAAUGGGGUCUUAUUUUCCAUAUGCUUUGGCAUUGAUGUUUACUGUGUCAGCUCUACAUUAUGGCUCUGCUUUUCACUCCUUCUUAAGCAAGCAGCACGAAUGGAAGAAGCUUAUUUUAACUCACCAUUGGCCUGUAACAGUAUGUAAGAUGGAAAAAGUGCAAUGUGACAACCUUCCAAACUACUGGACUUUGCAUGGACUCUGGCCAGAUAAGUCACAAAUGUGUAAUAACUCCUGGCACUUUGAUUUUUCCCAAAUCCAGGACAUUUUGCCACAGAUGAACAUGUAUUGGCCCGAUCUCCUUCACACAAACAAAUCCCAACUUUGGAAGCAUGAAUGGCAGAAGCAUGGAACAUGCGCAGCAUCUUUGGAGAGUCUUAACAGCCAACACAAAUACUUCAGUAAAGGUCUUGAACUGUAUAUGAAAGUUGAUCUUAACAGUGCUCUUAAAAAGUCUGGAAUAACACCAUCAACAAAAUACUACGAUGUGAAAGAUAUUAUCAAUGCAAUUGUAAAUCUGUAUGGAGUUGUGCCAAAAAUCCAGUGCCUUCCUCCCCGACAAGGAGAGGAUGCACAGACACUUGGACAAAUUGAAAUAUGUUUCACUAAAGAAUUUCAGCUGAGAAACUGCACCGAUAAAGUAACUGACUUCCCAGGAAGUAGCCUAAUCAAUGAGGAUCUUCAGUUGUGCAACCAUAACUUAAACACGUAUUAUCCGCCUCUGAGCAGCCUGUAAGGCGGCACAAUUGCGGUAUCAAAGAUAGAGACCGUGGUGCUAAGCCUGUUCUAAUAAACUAAGAAAUUAAUGUAGUACAGUGGUGUAGGGCUCUUAUUGCAAAUUUGGCUUUAAAAAGGAAUCAGGCAAGGCCUAGCAUAGCCUUCAUUAAUCCUAUUUUAUACCUAACAAAAAGAAAACUGGUCACUGUGCUUAGGAUGACUACAUACACAACAUGGCUCUAUAUUAUAGUUACAGGAUUCCUCGUAUCCGCGAGAGAGCUAGUAUAUUUUCUUUAAACCCGUUCAUAAACUGCACCAACCAAUCCUAACAUUUUAGGAUUACUAAACUACCUAUUAUCUCUUUAAAAUCAGUCUCAGGCUAUACGCAUAUUGGCCUACUGCAGUGAACAGUUCUAGACCUCUUGAACCUCUCAAUGUCCAGUAGAGACCUUGGUGGACUGCAAGGGUCAACACUAGAUUGUGGCGUUCAUUCUGCGAUUGCUCUUUUGUGAGGAAAAGGGAUACAUGCACAGCUAUUGAAAUCUAAUUAUUAUCAUUUUUUUGUUUUUUAUUUUCCAUAGUAUUCUAUUCUUACUUCCUCCUAUUGCUGAACGGACCUAACACUGGAUCAUCUGUUGGUUUUUUAUGUUUAUAGUGUCUAUAUAGUUUCCUUUUCCAACAAUUGUAUGUUUUCCUGCAUGGGGGUGUUUGGCACAAUAUUUGGCACUUUUGUGUUUCUAUUAACAAUGUGAUUUUUUUUAACAUGCUUACAAACGAACACACAUAAUUAAAUCUUGUGCAUUAAAUUGUGGACAGACAA